AUGGAAACUCGUUCUCGUGGUUCUUCACUUAGACCAACAUUAGCUGACGUACCUAUAAUCAGACGUCGUGUUAAAAGAGGUGGUUCAACUUCUUCAAGAGGUUCAUCAAUAUCAUCAAAUUCAAGAACUAGAUCAACCACAUCAUCAAUUAGUUUCCCUCAUUCUUUGUCUUCUUCCAAUUCUUCAUCUAUCCCUAUUAGUAGAUCAAGAUCAACUUUUGUCCAUACGCAUUCUCCUGGAGAUAAUGGGAACGUGAGAAAUGAUGAUCGUGCGGAUGCGGAUGUGGAUGUGGAUGUCGGGAAUGUUGGAAUUGAACAGGAUUUCGGAUAUGAUGGUUAUUCAGGACCUAUCACUAGAAGAAGAUCAAUUCAUUCUUCUCCCAGAGAAAGAGAAAGAGAGAGAAGUAAUAAUAUACAAGAAAUGUCAUGGGACGAUCCACAAAAUCAUAAUUUCGAUGGAUUGGAUGGUUUGGUAAUGAAUGAUUUAGAUGUUUUAUUACCAUCUUAUUCACCUGAUCAACCUAUCACUCCAAGACGAAACCUUUCCAAUACCCGACGAAGAAAUUCUUCUCUUACUCGACGACGAGGUUCGAAUCGGGAAAAUGGUGUGGUGGAAAGUCAACAUGAGGAUGAUGUUAUAGGGUUGGAAGGCAAUGGGGAUAUGACGAGAUCAGAUAAUUCAAAUGAAGACAGUCAUGAAGUCGUAGAGGUUGAUGAUAGUGAUGAUACUCCUAGAUAUACAUCGGCGGAGAAAGGGAAAGGAAGAGAAAUGGUCGAACCUAUCGAAGUGGAGGAUGAUGAUGAAGGUAUACAGAUCGUCGGGGUGAAGAGAGGUGCGGAGGUUUUGGAUGAUGAUGAAGAAGAAGGUAGUGAACCUGAAGGUUUAGCUGCUUAUUCCUGUCCCGUCUGUUUCUGCGAACCUUCCAAACCCGUCAUAACAGCUUGUGGUCACAUCCUCUGUGCGAAAUGUCUCCACGGUUCUCUUCGUUCAGCUAUCGCCCGUCAACCCAAUCCUUAUCCCGAACAUCAACCAUUCCAUCGUGGACGUGGACGCGGUCGUGCCACUCGUGCAAGAGGUGGACGUAGAGGACAAACAGGACAUUCAUCUAUCCCUCCCAGACCUACAGAAUGGACUAUCGACUUACUACAAGAUGCGAUAUACGAGAGAAAGAAAAGAGAUUUGAUAAUCAAAUUAGGUCUAGAAGAGAACAAAGCGGAUGGAGAGGAUAAGGGUUGUGAAGAUUCAGAAAGUCUAUUAAGUGAUUUGUUAGGUUUGAAAGAGGAUCUAAAAGUUGAACAAGUUUUAAAAGGGUUAUGGAAAAUAGGAGAUGAAUGGAUUGUUGAAGGUGAAUGUCCGGUAUGUAGGAAACCUAUUCCAGGUGGUUACGCUCCUCCAAAUUUAGGAAUAGGAGGUGUUUUUCCACUUCACGUAAAGUUGGGAGGGGAAUGCAUAGCUGUAAGAUUGUACAUCGGCCCUGUCGGCGGAGUUGUUGGUAGACGGAACGGAAUCAAAUUUAUUGUCACCCGCGCCGUUCCGAAUUUUUCGACUUUGUUGCAAUUUGCCGAUGGUAUGACGAUAGUACACUGGGCUUUGAACACGACAGUGACGGUUGGAUCGGUACGUGUGACUCGUCAAUCGAUCUGCAUCAUGUUGGGUAAAGCUGCAACUCACAUCCGGCCAUAUCUCCGUCUUCACCCCUCCCCCGAACCAUUCUCCUCCAAUCCUUCCCUCCUCCAUCAUCUCCCAUCAGGAGUAAGCAACACCCUCGUCACUUCCAAAUCUUCCCCUUCCCCAUCCCAACCCAACGGUACCGGGAGAACAUACGGCGGCUCCGGACCAGGUGCAGGUCAACAAGGUUAUCAAGGUCAUGCUAGAGCUUUCCUAUCUUUACCUCAAACCAACGCCGUGGAUCCGACUACUUCUUUAACCAACGAUGAUAAUAAUGGAAGGAAGAGAAGAGUGUCUUUCAGAGAGGUUGUGGGAUAUGGGAAAGAUAAAGAUAAAGAAAAGGAGAAGAUUGUGAGAGUGGUGAGGUUUGAUCAAGAACGACCCAAGUUGAGGUUAUUGGAUAUUGAGCUAUAUCAAGAGAAAGUAUCGGAGUUAGGAUCGGGGGAGAGAUUCAGGAUUGAGUCAACUGAAAUUCCUGUGAUAGAUCAAAUUGAAGUCAACUUAGGAUCAACUGGUGAAAACUUACUCGUAUCAGACGGAAGAGAUGGGAGAUAUCUGGAAUUUGAAGAUAAUAGUUUAUAUCCUAUCGCCGGUCCGUCUUACUCGACUAGUCUACAUAAACGCCCGGAAUUUGGAAGAUCCAAAAGUACUGUUGAUCUCUGGCAAGCUGGUUUACCUCCUUCAAACCGAAUUGAAUCUCGUCCUUUACAUACCCGUUCGUCCAGUCGUGUAGGUGAACAAAUACCUAAAUUGGUCAUUCGUAAAUCUCAAUCCGGUGGAAUUCGUUUUGAACAAGAUCUAGCUGGGAUCCUGUAUUCCCGACCAAAAUCAUCCACAGUCAAUAGAUCUAGACGAUAUACUGUAGCUGCUUCUCAACGACCUUCCCUCGAUUCACCACCUGCCCAAUCAUCACCCGUGUCUAAUCCCGCCACCGAAACAAGUCUUAAUAAAUUGGAUGAUAAAAAUAAUCAACUUGACGCACGUAUAUAUCAAGCAAUAAGACAAGCUACAAAAUCAAUGGAUAGAGCACGUAUAAACGUUUUAGUAAAUCAUUAUCGUUCACCAAGAUCAGCUUCACCAUUCUCAACCAAAACUCCUACACCCACUUCAAAACCUUAUUCCUUAUCUUCAGAAUUCCCUUUACCGAACGGAUGGUCCACUCAUACAUACAACGCGUGUCUUACCGCUUUGGUACAAACACGUCAAAAAGGAGAUUCAAUAGCUCCAGUACUUGAUAUCUAUAACGAAAUGUUAGAAAGAGAUAUCGUUCCUAAUCUCGGUACACAUAUAAAUGUCAUACGAUCAUUAUGCGCAAGGGAAUUAGAUAUAAGGAAUCUUAUAAAUGAUACGAAGUUGCGAACGAAGGCUCAACAAUGGGAACAAGAAAAACUCGGAAUUUCCCACCUUCCUGAUAGAUUCGAUGAUAUGGAAACUAUCGAAUUGUUCAAUGCGGAGAAAAAUGUCGAGACAGCUUUAAGGAUCUAUAAACAUUCGAUCGUCGAAAGAGGUUUGAUCAGAUAUUUACCAAGUAUAGUCUUCAGAGAUUUGGUUUUAGCUUGUGCUUCACGAGAUCCACCAGAUACGAUAAAUAUCGAUAAGAUCAUGAUGAGUGUUUUGAAUUUACCGGAAAAAUCAUUUUGGAUGUUAUCUCUAUAUGGUCCUACUCUUCGCGCUCAUGGAAGAAAAGGAAAUGCCAAUGCUGUCAAUUCUCAUUGGAAUGCUUUCUUACGAUAUUCAACAUCGAUCGAGAAUAAUCUAUCCGAUAAGGAAAACUACCAUCAAAAGGUUUUGGAAGAUGAAGAUGGAGGUUCAUCUUCUAUUCUUGAUGAUGCGAUAGAUGGGAAAUCAUUAGAUGGGAAUUCAGGAGAGCUGGAUAUCUACAACAAAUCAUUCACCAACAUGAAAUUACACGUUUAUGUCGACGCUAUUACUUCUUUCGCCUUGAUCAACGAUAUUCCUCGUGUGAAUGAAUUAUUCGAACAAAUGUUAAAUCCUUCAUCAUCUUCCAUACCUUCUUUAAACGAAUUCGUCUUUAGUCACAUCAUAAUAGCUCUAGCUCGUGAAGGUCAUCCUGAUCUAUCACUCAAUCUUUUAAAUCGAUUAAAUUCUCAUCCUACAAAAUCACAUUUAUUACAUACGGACAUCACCAUAGAAUCCAUUUCACGUCUUAUCACAAAUCUCUGUCAGAUCGAUCGUUGGUCCGAAGCUUAUAAUCUGGUGGAAACGUUUAUCCUUCCUGAAAAGAAAUUGAAGCAAUACAAAACCCCGAGUUUCUUAAGAUCGUUAACAGGUUUAAUGCUUGUGACUGCUGAACAAUCGUCCGAAGAACAAGCUAAAGAGGUAUCGGAAAAAUUAGGAGAAAUAAUGAAAACAUUCAAUCUUUAUAUUUUAUACCCUGAAUUAAUCGUCAGACAUUUACUUUUGAUGGUUAAAUAUGGUUAUUUGGAAGUGAUCAGUCAAACUAUAGAGAACACUCUUCAGAAAGGUUGGAAAGGAUUAUAUGAUUUAUCAGGUGUUAAAACGGUUAUCGAGAUGAUCGUGAACGGUCAGGGGAAUGAUCCUUUUGAAGUGUUAGAAUGUUUGGUUCAAUUGAAAAGGUUGGAUGUUCAUGUUGAUCAAGAACAAGCAAGAAAGUUGUUGGAGAAAUAUGACUCCGAAUGGUUCCAAUUAGAUCUUUUAGCUCGACAAUCUCAAUCUUCAAACCAAGAUGAUCCCAUUCAAGAUACAACCCAAGAGAACGUUUCGACCUCUCUUGAUAUCAACUCCCCCAAACCCACUCUCUCAUCUCAUCAGUGGAAAAUCCUAAUCGACGCUUUGGUACAACAACCUGAAAUAGAAUUAAUGGAAGGAAUGUGGGAUUCGAUGUUUGAAAAACUUUUGUUACUCGGUAAAAAGUUUAAAAUAACUCUGGAAGAAUCUGAAAGGUUGAGUAAAACUGCUGGAAUUGAAAUGUUAGGUAAAACUUUAGUUUAUCGAUUCGGACAAAGUAAAUCAAGAGAAAUGUUGUUACCUAUUUUUGGGAAACAAACUGAAAAUUUGAUAAAACUUCCAGAACCAGAACCAGAAACAGAAACGACAACCACCAUCAACGACAAGAUCAACAUGGAUGAAUCAAUUUCAAAUACACAAGUUGAUGAAAUAAAUCCAGAAUCUUAUCCCGUAACUUCGACAUUGACAAAUGAACCGGUUUGGAGUAAUAAGAGAAUGAAUGAUGGAAAUACACCUAUCAUUGAUUUUCCUUUAUCAAAUAAAGUCGAUGGUCAUAAUCGUCGAAAUCCACAAAUAUCAAUUUGGAAAGCAUACGAAUUGUUGAUAUCAGGUUUCGAAAAUGGUAGAUAUGUUCAUCCGGAAAUCACAUCGAAGUUGAUUAUUUCAAUCUCACGUCCUUUUCCUAAAUCUUCUUUCAAAUCACAAUCCCAAUCCCAACUCCAGUCCCAAUCUCAACCCCAAUCUCAAUCUCAAUCUCUACGAAACCACUAUCAACCCCAAACCUCUCAACAAAACCGAAAUGAAAACCAACCAACCUCUCAACAAAUAUCAACAGCAAUAUCCCAAUUAUAUAAAAUAUCUUCAUCUUCUUUAUCCCUUCUCCCUACCAUGGCACAACCUAAAGCAUGGAGAUCAUUAGAAGAUUCGAUGAUUAUAGCUUCUUGUCAUUUAGGUCAAUUAGAACAAGCGGGUUUACAUCGUACAAGAAUGUUAGAAAAAGGUUUCGUACCUUCUUCAGACGCUUACGCUACCAUGAUUUCAAGUUGUAAAAACACGACGGAUGACGCUGCUGUCGCAAGGGAAAUGUGGGAAGAAAGUCAAAGAUUAGGUGUGAAACCUCAUUUGUUUUUAUAUAAUACAGUUAUCUCUAGAUUGAGUAAAGCUAGGAAAGCUGAUGAAGUUUUGGUUUUAUUUGAAAGGAUGAGGAAAGAAGGUUGGAGACCUACUAGUGUUACUUAUGGUGCUGUCAUUAACGCUUGUUGUCGUGUAGGAGAUGCUGAAUCGGCCGAAAUCCUAUUCAAGGAAAUGACAGCUCAGCCGAAUUUCAAACCUCAUGUUCCGCCUUUCAACAUCAUGAUGCAAUUCUACCUUCAAACUCGACCAUCUCGUGAAAAAGUCCUUCACUACUACUCUGCCCUUUGUCAAGCCAAAGUCCCACCUUCUUCCCACACAUACAAACUCCUUCUCGACGCUUAUGCCACCCUCCCACCUCCCGAUAUACCUUCCAUGGAAUCAGUCUUCUCUCAACUCCAAGCCGACCCUUUUGUCUCUGUCCAAGGAACUCAUUGGGCGUCUCUAAUCAACGCUUACGGUUUAGCCGUAGGUGACGUUUCCAAAGCAUUAGAAACUUUCGAUUCCAUCCCUUCUCAUCCUUCAUCUCAAGCAAACGUACCAGAGCCAGUGGUAUGGGAAGCCAUCUUAUCCGUCAUAGCAUCUAAAGGUACUUUGGAAGAACUCGAAUCUAUGCGCCUCCGAUUACAAAACACAGGUACAAGACCUACAGCUUAUGUUUACAACGUCUUGAUUUCAGGUUAUGCGAGACAUGGUUUAAUAGAUAAAUCAAGAGAUAUUUUCGAACAUAUGGCAGAUGGUAUAACGGGUGUAGCAGCACCUAAUAAUCAUCCGUUAUUAUUAACUUCUUCAGGACAUACGAAACCUUCUACGGUAGAAGAAGAAAGUAAAUUGGUUUAUAGAGAACCGAGUACUUAUGAAGCUAUGAUACAUGCUGAAUUACGUUGUGGGGAUAGGGAUGCUGCUGAAGCUGUUUGUAGAAGGAUGGAAGAAAGAGGUUAUCCGAUGGCUGUUUAUAUGAAAGCCAGAGCGGCUUUAGAUGGUUCAGUAUCGGUUCCCGUCGAGAUGACUUAUCCCGCUUUUUGGUCACCACAUCUUUCAGGGAUACCUCUGGCCGAAACACCAUUCGCUUCUCCACCGCAUGUGCAAGUGUAGCUCAGAGAAUGACAAACAAUGUGGUGUUGGGUAUUGGUGGACCUGUGUGAUGUGAUACUUAGGAACGGAGGCACCAAUCACAAUGAAGGAGAGAAAGUAAGACGGUGUUCUAAGGCGGAAAAGAAGAUGAUCUUCCUAGUAGUAAUGAUCAAGUACGAAUACUGUUUUGGAACGUGAAGAAAAGCCAAGCCCACUCAUCUG